CAGCGUGGCGCGUUGUAAUUGGCACAACUUGCGCAGCUGUGGUAUGUAGGACAAGUUUCGCAGACCAGUGUUUUGGUUUUUGGCGUAAACAACAAUCAAACUUAUUUCUUUGUUGGCCUUUGCAGAAAUUUCAUUAAAGUUAAACUAGUGCAUGAAAUCUGAUGAAAGUGAUGAAAUCUUGUUUAGAUCUUGUCCCGGACGAUACAGUUAUGAUUGGACGAUAGUCGAUAAGAUAGUGAUGACAUCUUGGUGUGUACAAUAGUGCCACAUUAUCUCGGAACUUGCGUUUUGUUUUGGAAUCUAUCGAAUCUGAUUAAGCACUAGUCUGCACUGGAGUAUUUCUUCUUCAGUCAUUAAUGGUAGUCAAAAUAUUUUCUGUCACCAGUCACCUGUCAUGUUUACCACAUUUAAGUUAUACUUAUCUGCACAAGAAAAGUGAUUGUGGAUGGAAGCAUGACCGAUAGAAAUUGCAACAUCCAGAAUAACAGAUGACUGCCGUUGGGAGUCCGGGAUCUUGAUUCUUCCAGCUUGAUUUAGCUGAGCUGGCAACCUUGCUUAUGAGAUUGGUUUUAUUUGCACCACAUUUUACGAAGAAUGUCGCAGAAAGGAACUGGUACCUGGGCGGUUCUUGAUCAGGAUGAAUUUGACGAUCUGCAGAAAUACGUCAGCAUACUCGCACAGAAAGCAGCCAGUUUAAUUGUGGAAGCCAGAACUGGUCAGAAAUGCUCGACUUCCUCGAAACCAUCUAAUGCGGAUUGGGUAAAUUUUGGACUGGCUGUGCGAGAAGUUCCCAAUGUGCGCCAAGAUUUCAAGGAAAUGACGAAGGAUCAUAAAGCUGUUCUGGAUAAGCCGUUCGGAGUGGAAAUCAUCGCCCGUUUGCCCACAUCCACGGAGGAAAUCCCAAUAGAAUAUUGGUGGUUGUGGUUUGAUGAAGACAUUCGAGAUCAAGAUGUGCGAGUUCGGUACCUUGUAUACAACCGGAUGGCAGUUUUGUUGAAGUCCAUUAUUGUGAGCCUACGCGCCAGUCCUGUUAAUAAGUUGGUACGGCAGAAUGAUUAUUUCAAAUUUUCACAUCGUCUGUUUGUUGGCAAGCCCAAUCUGGACAGUUUGAGCCCUAUUGCCAAAAACUAUAAGAUUGGACCAUUAAAAACUCCAUAUGGCUCGAUUUUUUUCAUGGGAGCCUGCAGAGAAACGGCAUUUUCUGAAACGCAGAGUCCACGCUCAGUUUCCGAUCCAGUUCCGGUAGCGACUGAGAAGUUUUCCGGUAAUCCCAGAUUUGCAUUCCAUGGCCGAAGCAGUCUAUCCAGAACUCCGGAGAAAUCGCCGUCAUCACACGGCAGUGUUCCAGCAGAAUCGCCCGUAUCCGAAGGCCGAAUUCAUGUGGAAUUCGGACAGUUUCCGGCCCAUCAGGAUUUGCAUGGCUACAAAAACGAGCAGAGAAAAGUUCUCCGCUUUGCUGAUCUCCAGUGCACUGGUGCCUUCGCCGUUCCCUCUAAAAGCCCAUCGGAUUCUGACGACGAUAGUUAUGAACUUCCUGACAGAGCUUUUGCCACUCUUUACCCCUUUGUGGAUGAUGAAGACGAUACGGACAAUGCGGCCGUUUUACCAGAAAUCAGCAAAUCGUCUCCGAAAGCCGUUAAAGAGGCCCUGAAACGAGAUAAAACCGAUGCCGUCGUGGUGAAGAAUGUGGAGUUUGUAUUGCAACCUGAGAUUUCCCUGCUUUCCCAUGCUUCGUUUCCUGAUGAUGGAUUUGAUGAAGACGACGUUCUGGAAGCUGAACGAGUAAGGCCUGCAUUUGCGCCAUCUAGAACCAGAACGGGAUCAAAUGAUUUAGCCAAUUUUUAUCAUACUUGCCAACUGGCACCUGUGAAUCUCAAAUCGUUGGAAAAACGUGGAGUAAACCUUGCUCACACAGUAAAAUCGUUGAACCAGAAUUUGAUGGGAAUGGAAUCACAGUUACAUGAAUUUGACAAAUUUGUGGAAGAUCUGCGGCAGAUCGGUGAUUCUUCUUGGGUAAUGACGAUGAGCAGUCAGUGAAAGCCUGAUGGGUGCGCGUAAUAAAUGGUUAGAAGUUUAUUCCGUUGAGGGGGCAUGGGCAUUUUCUGCUUUCAGUGACGGCCUAGAGUUCGGCCUUGUAUAGUCACCGAUUUAUUUUCGGUUAGGUUUAACAAAUGUUUUAUCUUGUGCACUGAGUUUCAAAAAUUUGCGGGUUUGUGUUUUUACGCGUUCUUGUACCAUAGUUCUGUAAACAUUGUCGUUUAAUAAACGCCUUUAUAUGC